GUGCCUCGCUGGGUCCCGUGUGUUAACCUGCCCCUGCCUCCCACCGAGCUUCCUCCGGGCUCUAGGGGUGUUUGGGUCCUCAGGGCUCUGCUUUCAGGGAGGAAUGGGAGUGUUGGUCCUGCUAAACCCCCUGUGGUUUCAUCCCAAAUUUGCUUGACUGGCAGUGGGAAUCCUCGCCCUUGGGAAUCUCUUAAUGUCGUAUAGAAGUGGCGCUUCAGGAGGCUUAUUACUUCUUACAGUGUCACUGGAGCUUUGUGUAGCUGAAGGAAAAUGAUGGAAGAGAGUGGAAUAGAGACAACUCUGCCUGGCACGCCCCCACCAAGCUCAGCAGGGGCUGCUGCUGCUGCUGCUGCAGCACCUGUCUCAUUAGCUUUGUCCAGUCCCCUUUCUACACCAAGCAUGUCCUCUUCUCCUGCAUAUUCACCAUCCUCUCCAGCUGGAUUGUCUACAAUUCCUCCUAGUCCUCCUUCUCCUCCUCCUCCUCCUCCUCUGACUUCGGCUUCUUUCCCACCUGUGCCUUUUGCAACGAUUUCUUCUCUUGCACCAUCUCAAAGUCCUGCCCUACCUCUUGCUGCCCCUUUAGCCUUUAGUACCCCCAUGUCCCAGUUCUCUGCUCCACCUGCAUUAAGGUUUACUGCUAGCCCUGGUCUUCCUGCACCUCCCACUGGUCCCCCCAUUUCAGGUUUUUCCGUGUCCUCAACCUAUGAUAUCACCAGGGGUCAUGCUGGUCGAGCACCACAGAACCCACUGAUGCCUUCAUUUUCUGCACCUCCAGUCACAGGAGGUGUUUUGGCUGAUCCCAUCACUCAACAAGCAACUUGCUCAUCAUCUUUGUCUCCUGGGGUUGGCUCUGCAAUCACUUUUCCUGAGGAGCAUGAAGACCCCAGAGUAUCUACUACCCAUGGUGGAGCACCUGCUGGAGGACUGUGGGGAUUUAUAAAGGGUGUAGCUGAGAAUCCCAUGGUGAAGUCUGUUCUUGAUAAAACCAAACAUUCAGUGGAGACCAUGAUCACAACACUGGAUCCUGGCAUGGUUCCCUAUAUCAGAACUGGGGGAGAACUGGACAUAGUGGUCACUUCUAAUAAAGAGGUAAAAGUGGCAGCAAUUCGGGAUGCCUUUCAAGAAGUCUUUGGAAUGGCUGUUGUUACUGGGGAGGCUGCACAGUCUAACAUUGCACCCCAACCUGUGGGCUAUGCUGCAGGUUUAAGGGGAGCACAGGAAAGGAUAGACAGCUUGCGUCGGGCAGGAGUCAUCCAUGAGAAACAGCCUGUUGUAUCUGUGGAAAACUUCAUUGAGGAGUUGCUUCCUGACAAGUGGUUUGACAUUGGAUGUCUGAUUAUUGAGGAUCCAAUUCAUGGAAUUCACCUGGAAGCAUUUACCCAAGCAACACCAGUGCCUUUGCAAUAUGUUCAGCAGGCCAAGAGUCUCACUCCUCAGGACUACAAUCUGAGAUGGUCAGGCCUGCUGGUGACCUUGGGCGAAGUGCUGGAGAAGAAUGUCCUGAACGUGAACAGGACGGACUGGCACAUGGUGUUCACGGGCAUGUCCCGCCGGCAGAUGAUAUACAGCGCGGCCAAGGCCCUGGCAGGGAUGUACAAACAGCAGCUGCCACCCAGGACCGUGUGAGAGUGGCUGGUCUGUCACACCAAGGAGUACUGGGCUUGGUUCUAGAGUUGAUGUGAAGGCUACACAGUCUUAAUUCUCAGUGGAUGCAACACAGAUUUGUAAUCUUAACUCUAAACUGUUUCUACUUUUUAAGAAGCGAAGGUGAUUUCCAGUAGUGGAAGUGAGCAAUUGCAGUUUUUGGCUAUUAUAUGAUUUCCAGUAUGAUUCACAAAGCUGGAAAUUGAGACAAGUGUGUAUAUUUAUAACUGGUACAAGUAGCAUUACAAUUUUUCAAGUGUAACAUGCUAUGAUUUGACACCUUACUAGGCAUUUGCUGAGAUACUUUAGUUAGUAUACUUUUGAAAGGGGAUAUUUGUUUAGCUGUUUCUAUUAUAUUAGUAAUAUAAACAUGUUGACAGCAUAACAUGUAUGUUAUAUAUAUGCAUUUCAAUCCAGAGAGACUACCUUCUGUAUUACAUGUUUUACUGGGGCACGUAUUUAGGGGAUACUUAACACCUCAUGGUUUUGGUGUCUGUAUAUAGUUCUCAGGAGUGUUGCCAAGUAGUUUCUACAGCACAUAACAGUGAGGUGCUGAAGAGCACAAAUCCAUGCCCUGUUAGCUGAAGUCUUUGCUAAAUAAUUCUGAAUUCUCAUUUUCCAUACUGCAUCUUUUUUUCUUUUUUAUGUAGCAGUAAUAAAAUUCGUAGCCAGUUGAAACACCACAGACAAAUUUCGAGUUGCUUCAGUGGGUUUUAUAUCAGGUACCGCAUAUGCCAUGUGAAAUCAUCUCAGCAGUUUGAAUAACAUCAUUUACUCCAAUGCUUCCAUACUUCACAUUUUAUAUGGAAUUACGUAAUUCCUCUUAUCUAGUUACAGCUGUCAGCAAUUUGAUUAUGGAAAAUGGUGAUGUGUGUAUCGCUUUGCUAGCCUGGGUUUUUUAAACACUUUGAAGUCUUAAAUGCUUUCUUGAUGUCAUGAGCUCACUGUCUCUCAUAUAAGUUUUUGGUGUGUCUGACGUUUUUCAUGGCUGUAAAGGCCCUCUAUCAAUGGUCAUGCAAUCUUAACAUCUGUACUUAGAAAUAUGGAAGUAAUUGUGAAGAAAAUAUUUUGGUAACACUUUUUUAAGAAACAAAGAACAAACAAAUACUUUUUGUUUGCCUUAA